AUGGCGCCUCCAAACACGCGAAACAAGCUGAAGACGUCGUUUAAAAAGGCACGCGUUGUGGGACCCAUAUACACGGGCGGACCAGUCGCGAUCACCCAGGACGCAGCGAGAAUCAUCACUACCCUCUCCGACGAGGUCCUGCUAACAGAGGUGGUCUCUGGAGAAGAGAUAUUUCGGUACCCUGGGGAUACCGAGGAUGUCACCUCCCUGGCGCUCACACCAUCCGGCGCCCAACUGGCUGUGUUCUCCUCAUCGCUCUCCCUACGUAUAUUCGACGUGCCAAAGAACGGACAGACCCCUUCAACACAGCCGACACGAGUCGUUUCUCGCGCACAUGACGCCCCAGUGCACGUCUGCACCGUCGACCCCACCUCCAGCUACCUAGCAUCCGGCUCUGCAGAUGGCGUUGUCAAAGUCUGGGACCUCGCCCGCGGCUUCAUCACCCAUGUCUUCAAGGGCCACGGUGGUGUAGUCAGUGCUCUGAAGUUCAGCCUCUCGCCGACGACUAGCAUGCAGCUCUUCACCGCCUCCCUUGACACUCGCAUACGGGUCUUCGACCUCGCGAAGCACGCUGCAAAAACUGGCGGUGUCGUAAAGCCAGACAUCCUUCUCGAAGGCCACGUCUCUGUUCCGCGCGGUCUGGACGUAUCACCUGACGGCAGGUGGCUGGUCAGUGGAGGCCGCGACUCGGUGGUCUUGGUGUGGGAUCUGGCGGAUGCGCUCAAGAACCUGUCGGCCAGACCAAAAUCAGGGAAAGGCAAAGCCAAAGAGAGCUCCGUCAAUACGACGCCCUACAAGACGAUUCCGAUUCUCGAGUCGGUCGAGGCGUGUGGGCUCGUCCAAACCGACAACGGGGCAUCAUCAUCGUCGAAUGGGGGUCUUGUGUUCUAUACUGCCGGCGCGAGCGGCGCCGUAAAAGUAUGGGACUGCAACUCCGGCAAGGUCCUCUACAGCCUAGGCGAGGGGUAUGCUACCAUCUCAGACGACGAGGAAGAGAGGCAGCAGAUUACGCAGGCAUUAUAUGUGCCCUCUCAAUCUACCAUCAUCUCAGUGCACGCAGACCAGAACAUCCGUUUCCACUCGCUCUCUUCUCGCACCCUCACCCGGCAGUUGAUCGGCUUUAACGACGAGAUCGUCGAUGCAACUUUCCUCUCGCCGCGCCCUGCCUCUCGCGAUACGCACGUCGCCUUGGCCACCAACUCAUCUCUCAUUCGACUAUACUCCACCUCCACCUUCGACGCGCGCCUACUCGAGGGUCACGCCGACAUCGUGCUGUGCCUUGACCACAGCGCCGACUACCGGAUCCUAGUCAGCGGCAGCAAAGACCGCUCCGCCCGAAUAUGGGCACCAGUAGGCGACGGCGACGACGUCCAAUAUCGCUGCGUCGGCCUCUGCGAAGGUCACGCAGAAAGCGUCGGUGCCAUCGCCAUGUCGCGGAGCAAGGAGCCCGGCGCAGAGCUCUUCCUCUUUACCGGCAGCCAGGACCGCACGAUCAAGAUGUGGGAUCUCCAGAACGUGCUUUCAAACACCGGAGACGGGCCCGUCAAGUGCAGAAGUCUCGUCACCCUGAAAGCGCACGACAAGGACAUCAAUUCCCUCGACGUCGCGCCCAAUAACCGACUCUUGGUCUCCGGCUCGCAGGACCGUACCGCGAAGGUGUGGCAUAUCGACUCGCAUGGCGAGCUGCGGUUAGCGGGGACCUGCAAGGGGCACAAGCGCGGCGUGUGGAGCGUGCGCUUUGGGAGGGAGGAGCGCGUGUUGGCGACGGGCAGCGGCGACAAGACGGUGAAGCUGUGGAAUCUGGACGAUUAUUCGUGCGUGAAGACCUUCGAGGGGCAUACAAACUCGGUUUUGCGCGUCGACUUCAUCAAUGCGGGGAUGCAGAUGAUUAGCUCUGCGUCCGAUGGUUUGGUGAAGGUGUGGAAUGUGCGGGAGGAGGAGUGCAUGACGACGCUCGACAAUCACGAAGAUAAAGUUUGGGCUUUGGCAACGAGCUCUGACGAGCGCAUGAUCUUGUCGGGCGCCGCGGAUUCGGUCGUGACGUUCUGGGAAGACAACACAUUAGAGGCGCAGAAGGAAGAGGAAGACAAGCGUUCGGGGAUGGUAGAGCAGGAACAAGCCUUCAUGAACUACCUAUCCCUCCACGACUACCGGAAGGCCAUCCAGAUCUGCAUCUCCCUCUCGCAGCCCGGCCGCCUGCUCUCCCUGUUCAAGACCGUCGGCGCCUCCGCCGAAGACCGCAGGUCCUCCAUCACCGGCUCCACCUCCGUCGACGAAGUCCUGCGCACCCUCGAGGGCGCCGAACUGUGCAAGCUCCUGCGCUUCGUGCGCGACUGGAACGCGAACGCCAAGGUGAGCGCGGUCGCCCAGCGCGUGCUGUACGCGAUCGUCAAGUUGCGCUCCGCGGACGAGGUCAUGGCGGCGUUCACCCAGGAGCAGGGGGAGGCGGCGUUGGCGAGCAGCGACCUACAUCUGAGCAGUGGUGCUGGGAGCACGGCGCUGAGGGAGGUCAUCGAAGCGCUUGUGCCCUAUACGGAACGACAUCUGGCGAGGAUGGGGCGGCUGGUGCAGGAUAGCUACAUGAUCGACUACAUCUUGGGGGAGAUGGACGAUGGGAUGUUCGGUGUGGACGCCGAUGGUGAUGCGAUGCCGAUCGACUCGCCUAUGGCAGUUGCGGCGUCAGCAUAG